GUACCAUUUUGUGUUCGGCCGCAGGAACAUCAUACCAACAAGGAAAUGGCAGCAAAUGAGGAUUGGAGAAAAAAUGCAGAUACACACAAGAUGAGUCCAGAGGAUGUGAAAAGGGCUGGGUUGGAAGGCUCAAAAAGGCCACCAGGACAAAAUCCAGGUGGUAUUUUGCAUCAGAGGCGAAGCCUGCCUUACAGCCCAAUGACAAUGGCUUUAAUUGGGUUAGCCAUAACUGGUUCCAUCGCUUACUUCACUCUCUACUCCAAAAAGAAGCCGGAAGCCACCGCCGGAGAUGUUGCUAGAGUGGCCACAAAUACUGCCGACCCUGCUGACACUCGUCCCCGCAAGUAGACGACUUCCCUUUUUUUUUUUUUGGCUCAAAUGUGUAAUAAAUAUUUAGUUUAAUUCCUUUUCUUUCCUAUGUACUAAUAAGAG